GAUGAAUGGGCUCCAAGUUGAAAAAAAUAGAAGUUAAUGCCGUCCGUUGGCGGUUUCUUCUCCCACGCUGUAUAAAUUCCCCCGUUUAAACCAACCUUGUUUGCACACCGCGUCCAUCCUUUUUCCCUCUCUCUCAACCAUUUUUGGCAGAUUCAGAUCUACCAUCUACCUCUCAGAGAGAGAGAGGAGGAGAGAGAAAAAAAUAUUUGAAAUUGAAAUUGAAUUUCUAGCUUCAAGGACUCAUUAAUGGCGGUCGUCUCACCAUUAGCCAAAUACAAACUCGUCUUCUUAGGCGAUCAAUCUGUUGGAAAAACCAGCAUCAUUACUCGUUUUAUGUACGAUAAAUUCGAUACCACUUACCAGGCUACUAUUGGGAUUGACUUCUUGUCGAAAACCAUGUAUCUUGAAGACCGAACAGUGCGCUUGCAGCUCUGGGAUACUGCUGGACAGGAAAGAUUUCGGAGUCUUAUUCCCAGUUACAUCAGAGACUCUUCAGUUGCUGUUAUUGUCUAUGAUGUUUCUAAUAGGCAAUCAUUUCUCAGCACUACAAAGUGGAUUGAUGAAGUACGGACAGAACGUGGCAGCGAUGUGAUUAUUGUUUUAGUUGGAAAUAAAACUGAUUUGGUUGAGAAAAGGCAAGUCUCUAUAGAGGAAGGAGAUAACAAGGCUCGUGAUGCUGGGGUAAUUUUCCUGGAGACCAGUGCAAAAGCAGGAUUCAAUAUAAAGCCUUUAUUCCGUAAGAUCGCCUCAUCCUUGCCAGGGAUGGAAACCCUGUCAUCCACCAAACAAGAGGAUAUGGUUGAUGUGAAUUUGAAACCUAACAGUAGUUCAUCCCAAUCAGAACAACAGGGAGGUGGUUGCGCUUGUUAAUUUGUAACAGAUUAAGGAUUUUGUGAGGUAAAAGAAGCUGUUCAUAAAAGGAAAAGAGGAGGUGAACAUAAAGGGCCAAGCUCGACAAUUAAGGGUCUGAGUUCGUUGCACCAGGCCCCAUUUCAUGUCCUAUAUACUAAUCAACUUGUUCUACACUUAAAAGGUACAUCUUGUAAAAGGUUUGGCUUUGACUUUUCGAGGGCAGCCAUUCAUUUUGCCCACUUUUUGUAAACAUUAUAGCUUCCUUUUUUCCCAUUGUUUCACUUACACCGAUUCAUUAUUGAACUAUAUAUUUUGCUGUUUUGUUUUGAGGAUUUCUUGUAAUGUAGUCUUUGAGAUUGUUAAGUUACCAUAUCAGUUAUAGAAAUGAUACUACAUAAUUUCACUUUGAAU